AUGGCGAGGUUAUCAAAUCCUUUCGCCUUCACUCGCUGGCCUGUCACCAUCAUUACCACCAUUGUCUACCUGGCUGUUAUUGUCACCCUCAUCGUCGUCCACACCGGUGUCCCUUCUCUUCCAACCUCGCCCACUCCAAUCCACGGCAUCAAUCUGACAGAGGCGUGGCUGGACCUACAGCUGCUCACCUCCUCCUACCAUCCUUACAAUAGCCAUCACAAUGAUGAGGUCCAUGAUUGGCUCCUCCAGCGAAUCGAUUCGAUUGUCAAAGAGAAUGGUGCAUCUUCAUACCUCGCAGAAGACCCUUCUCCUGCAUAUGUGUUCGAGGACAAUACUGCCAAUUUGACGUUCUCCUCGGGUGGGAUCCCGCCUGCUCCCGGGGUGAGUGUUUACUUCGAAGGCACCAACGUGGUCGUUUACGUCCCUGGCACGGAAGAUGAUAAAACCAAAUGGUGGUUGGAGCCCAGUGGCAAGCCGUCGGCGCGGAACGCAGUCCUGGUCAAUGCCCAUUAUGACAGCGUGUCGACCGGCUUCGGCUCAACGGACGACGGGGUCGGUGUCAUCUGUAUUUUGCAAUUGGUGAGGUAUUACACGACACCAGGAAACCAGCCCAAGAAUGGCGUGGUUCUGCUGUGGAACAAUGGUGAAGAGGAUUUUUUGAAUGGAGCUAGCGUAUUUAGCCAGCAUCCCAUGUCCCAGAUCGUCAGCACAUUUCUCAAUCUCGAAGGUGCUGGGGCAGGUGGAAGAGCCGCCCUCUUUCGAAGCACGGAUGGCGCUGUGACCCAGGCCUAUUCUCACUCCCAGUAUCCCUUUGGUUCUUCGACCUCUGCCGACGGCUUCAACCGCGGCCUGAUUCGAAGUCAGACAGAUUAUGUGGUGUUCAACGGCAAGCUGGGUUAUCGUGGACUGGACGUGGCCUUCAUCGGACCCCGGGCACGAUACCAUACGGACCAGGAUGACUCGCGACAUACUGGCCAAAAUUCCCUCUGGCACAUGCUCUCGGCGGCCGUGGCCACGACACAAGCUCUCACAUCUGCUUCCUUGACGACAAAUCUGGAUCCUGAGCAUACACCAGGGAGCCCCGCGCUGUGGUUUGAUAUCUUUGGUCGGAUCGUGGUCAUUUUCAAAGCACAUACGUUCUUCGCUCUUUCCGUCACCCUGCUGGUUGCUGGUCCCAUCCUCCUCCUUCUGACACUGGCACUGCUCUACCGUGCGGACAAAUUUUAUCUUUUCUCGGGGUCCAGGCCGUAUCAUAUGCCGAAUGGAGAUGAUGAGAUCCUCUUGUACGGCUGGCGUGGUUUCUUCCGAUUCCCGUUGAUCCUGCUCGUUGCUUCGGCGGCUCCAGUGGCCUUGGCCUACCUCCAAUUCAAAGAAAAUCCAUUCAUUGCCCACAGUAGUGAGUGGGCCGUCUGGAGCAUGAUGAUUUCCUCUUUCGUCUUCGUGGCGUGGUUCUUAUGCCGCGCAGCGGACUUCGGACGGCCGUCAUCACUCACCCGUGCGUAUGGGUUUUCCUGGAUGUGGGUCGGAUGGUGGACACUCUUGGUUGUGGCCACGGUAUUGGAAGAGAAUCUCCAUUUGGUGGGCACCUAUUUCGUCCUCAUUUAUGCCAUGACGGUGCUCUUGGCUACCUGGCUAUCGUACCUCGAGCUCUUCUCUCUACCGAAAAAGUCUACUUAUUGCCGCAGCAAGGUUGGCGAGGAGUAUGCAUCGUCUCGUUCCCGGAGUACGUCAGGAGUACGCCAUAAUACGUCUGUCUCUGGACCGGAAGAAGGUGGCUACACCGUCGAACCAGAGGAGGACGAAGAGCCCACCGAAAGGUCCAGCUUGUUGAGAAGUCGAGGUCGAUCCACUUUUAAGGGAUACCACGCAGAAUCGGAUGAACCAAGCGAAGCGCCUAAGCCCCAGGAUGAAACGGACGACGGGUGUGAGGAACAAGAAUGGAGUAAACCCCAAUGGAGUUCUUUGUGGAUCGUGCAGAUGCUGGCGGUCGUCCCGAUCAACCUCAUCGUCAUUGGGCAAAUUGGACUCUUGACGACUGAAGGUCUUCAUCAAACGGGUCAGGAUGGCAGUUCGAUGUUCCUGGUCUAUAUCAUGAUUGCCGUGUGCGCAAUCUUGCUCUUCUCCUUGCUCGUUCCCAUUUUACACCGCUUUACAUGGCAUAUACCCAUGUUUCUCUUCUUCGUCCUCAUUGGCACAAUGAUCUACAAUCUGACUGCAUUCCCUUUCUCGGCGGACAACCGAUUAAAACUCUUCUUCCAGCAACAGGUGGACCUCGACAAAAGUAACAAUACUGUCUUCUUGGCGGGUGUACCCCCGUACGUUCGAUAUGCCAUUUCCGAUUUACCCAGCGCCGCCGGACAAGAACUCGAUUGCGUCGCUACUGGACCAUCAAACAACCUUGAAAAAUGCUCGUGGACAGGAAUUCCUCCCAACGUGGCCAACCCGACGUCUACCACUACUCCUCCGGAGAGACAAUACCGGAAUUGGCUCAAUUUCAACGUCACCAGAGUCAAUGCGAGUGACAGUGACAACAAAGCCCGCUUCGUCAUCUAUGGUAAGAACACGCGAGCCUGCAAAAUCACCUUCGACUCGCCCAUCGCGGCGUUCCAAGUUGAAGGCCAGGCGCCACGCGACCAGCGGUUCCCUCCAGUUCCCGAAGGGGGGAGCAACGAAAUACGUCUCUGGUCGAGAACUUGGGGUCGGGCAUGGACGGUCGACGUCUCCUGGGAUAACCCCAGCAUGGACGAGGAUGAGAGUAAUAAGCCGAAGAACCCAAACACCACCAUGAAGGGCAAGGUUGUGUGUCUUUGGAGCGACGCGAAUCAAAAUGGCGUAAUCCCCGCAUUUGACGAGGCUAUGCAUUAUGUUCCUGAUUGGGUGGCCAUUACCAAGGCAGCAGACGGCUUGGUCGAAGGAUAUAAACGGUUUAAGAUCUGA